UUGCUUCGUGUAAUAGCCGACUAACAGUUCAGAAAAAAUCAAGGCCUACUUAUAUGUGUGGAAUGAAUAGCUGCUAUUGCAAAUCAAACUACGCCGUUGAACGUAGCACCUCACACGAAGCUGAAUGAUCGAACACAUAAAUUGUAAUAUUGUCAAGCAUAUUGGUUGCUAAAGGUCUUUUUUAUGUGAACGGCAUACAAAAUGGUGAAAGUGAAGUGUUCUGAACUGCGUACAAAGGAUAAAAAAGAGCUGACGAAGCAGUUGGAGGAGCUUAAAAAUGAACUUCUUAACUUGCGUGUCGCUAAAGUUACAGGGGGAGCCCCGUCAAAGCUUUCGAAAAUCCGAGUGGUUCGUAAAGCAAUAGCAAGAGUGUAUAUUGUAAUGCAUCAAAAGCAAAAGGAAAAUCUUCGAAAAGUCUUUAAAAAUAAAAAAUACAAGCCUUUGGACUUAAGAAAGAAGAGAACUCGCGCCGUUCGCAAAGCUUUGACGCCUAGGGAUGCAAAUAGAAAAACUUUAAAGGAGAUACGCAAGCGAUCUAUAUAUCCCACAAGGAAAUAUGCAGUCAAAGCAUAAUGUAUUAGAGAUGAGAAAAACUAAAUAAAUAACCAAAAUUUAUUUUAUGGUUGGUCAACGUUUUGCACAUUUUUUGUACGUAAUGUCAAAAUAUGCUUUUCAAUACACGGUGUUUUUCACUUAAUACAAAGAAAUUAUA